AUGGCGUUCUAUACGCCCAUCGCACCUCCAACACCGCGUAUUAUCGUGACCGAUCACGCCGACAACAUCAACACCGUCCACGUGCCAUGGAACCGCAACCUCUUAGCCGCGCUAUGGAUCUCGCAGUUGCUCUUCCUAUUAUUCGGACUAGCUGUCUUGCCGUAUGAAUUUUACGGUAUCAUAUCAAUUCAAGAAAUUCUCAUUGGCAUAAUGGCACUAGGAAACGUCGUCCUGAUGUCCACGCCUCUGAUUGAAGCCCAUCACUACGCAACCGGUAACUUGGCUCCGCAAUUCUUCCACAAGUUGCAGGGGUACAAGGCCAAAUGGGUUGCGGGGAGCUUGGUUGUUAUCGUGCUUACCCAGGCGGGGAAUAAGUAUAAGAGUGUUUGGGGUGUGCUUUGGGCUAUUGUUGCUGAUGUGCUUUAUUCAUUACCGUUCGUGGCUGGUAUGUUGUACGCCAAGGAGAUGUUGAAGGAACCGAUUGCGAGUAAAGAUGGAGCUGAAGAUGUGGAGAGCGGAAGUGUACGACUGGGAUAA